AUGUCGUCAUUGGCCUCCCUGUUGGGACCAGAGCUUAUAGGUUUUGCUUUCAAUUGGGCGUUGCAGGGCGCGUUCUCUGUCCAAGUGUACAUAUACUAUCUAUGCUUUCCCACUGAUUCGAUCUACCUAAAGUGCAUCGUUUAUUCCACGCUCGUGUUGGAAUGGUCUCAGACGGCGCUGUUGACCUCGUCUUCGUUCUACCGCUUCGCCGCACACUAUGGGGACUUCGCCUCGCUCCUAUCCGAUGACGUGUUUUGGAUCACCUUGUUCAUUAUGCCUGCCUUCACGGCGGCUAUGGUCCAGUCGUUCUACGCAUGGCGCAUCUCAAUAAUUUCGCAGAGACGAAUCUUCACGAUCGUUGUUCUUUUUUUUGUCGUGUUUGCGUUCGUUGCGGGGAUAGUAGGAGCCGUGAGCUUGAAGAAUUUGCACGUCUUCUCUGGCCAGUAUAGCGACUAUGCCGUGACGUGGGAUGUGGCCACAAAUCUUUGGUUGUGGUGUAGCAUUCUCGUGGACACAAUGAUCGCCGGCUUCAUGCUGUAUUCUCUACGGCGCUUUAGAAGUUGUCGGAAAGACUCCGACGUGCUCAUCAACCGCAUUGGGAAAUUGGUCAUCGAGACAGGUUGCCUAACCGUCGCUGGAGCUGUCACAACCCUAGUCUGUUGGUACGCGUUCUCGACUACUGUUGCCUUGUUUCCAUCGCAGUUUCUAUCUAAAUUGUAUGCGAAUUCGUUGAUGAUGUCGCUGAACAACAGGGCCUUCCUGCAUGGACAAAUCUCUAACGUUCAUGUAGAACGUAGUCCGCUGAUCUUGCAUAUGACAAGUCGACAGGCCAGGCACGAUGCUCCUCUAGCUGCAGACCCUGAUGCCAGUAAUGGCCCAACCGGGGUCGAUCUGCCGCCUACUAUAGAUGAUGAUCGCGAGAGUUAUAAGUCGACCAAGUAG